AAAGACACCUCUUUGUCGAAAAGACUUGUGAACUGCAUCUGGUUUUAGCAAACCGUUCCGGGACCACUGUCUCUCUAACGCUCGAGUCUCGGGCUGCGCAGAACAGCGAGGUCGCGUCGUUGUGCAGAUAUCACGGUUUUGCUGCUGCAUAUAGGAGUUUCACCCACGCUGAGCGGGCUGGGGCUCUUGCUUUCGGCAAAGCGGACAAACUGUCCACUCAUAGCUUGCUCGACCGCUUGGAGGUAUCUCAGGGGCUGAGCCAGCCCUACACAACUAGACAAACAAUUUGUAAAACAGCAGGAGACUGGCGCUACGAGCACCGCGCCUGUGGCGCUUGGUGUUGAGGAACCAGCUCACCGCAGUGGUACCACCGGCGCGAGCCGGGAGCCCGGGCGCCAAGCAGCUCGCUAGCGGCAGGCGCGCCAAGCGGAGCUUCGCGGGUGGAAGUAGUGGCGGCGGCGUAGGAGGAGGCGGCGGAGGCAGCGGCGGUGGGAGCGUAAGCAGCAGGCGCGGAUACACGAGCGGAGGCGGGAGCAGCAGCGGUGCGGGAGGGGUGGACGCUAGCGCAGGUCGGUCAACUGCCGGCACGUCGUCCCGGUCAACGCCCAAGAUCCCCGGAGUGCCCGCGUCAAACCGGAUCCAGUCAACGCAGCCGGCGGGAUCCAGGGGCCUCAGCGGCGUCAACAUAGGCAACAGAAACAGCAGCAGCAGCGGCUCCGGAGGCGGCGGCGGCGGCGGCGGAAUGUCUUGGACAUGCCACGGCAGCAGUAACAGCGGCAUGGUCGCCGCCCUGAAGCGUGCGGGCCUGGUCAGGAGUCCGGCGGUGGAGGCGGCCAUGCUGGCGGUGGACCGCGGGCUGUUCGUGCCGCAGGGGCAGAUGAGUGCGGGGCGGGACGCGCCCCAGCCCCUGGGCUGCGGCGCCACCAUCAGCGCGCCGCACAUGCACGCCGUGUGUCUGGAGCUGCUGGCGGGGCAGCUGAGGCCGGGAGCCAGGGUCCUGGACGUGGGCAGCGGCAGCGGCUACCUGGCUCUGGUGUUUGCAGCCAUGGUGGCGCCGCCCUCCGGCAGUAGCAGCGGCAGCGGCAGUAGCACCAGCGGCAGCACAAGUGGCGGGAGGGUGGUGGGCGUGGAGCACAUCGGGGAGCUCGUGGGCGGCAGCGUAGCGGCGGCGGGCCGGGUGGGCGGCUGGGCGCGGCGGCUGAUGGAGGACGACUGCCUGCGGCUGCUGCAGGGCGACGGCUUCGCGGGAUACCCCGACUGGGCGCCCUUCGACGCCAUCCACGUGGGCGCCGCCGCGCCCGCCGUGCCGCCCGCGCUGGUGUCGCAGCUGGCGGCCGGCGGCAGGCUGGUGGUGCCGGUGGGGCCGGAGGGAGGGCCGCAGGCGCUGGUGGUGGUGGACAAGGACGCGGAGGGGCACGUGAGCAGCCGCCGCGAGAUGGGCGUCAUGUACGUGCCGCUCACGACGGAGCACGCGCAGCGCAGCCGGGCCGGCAGUGGCGCGGUGUGGCGCGGGCCCCUGCCUCCGGCGCUGGCGGAGGAGGGGGAGGCGGAGGAGGCGCAGGAGCAGCAGGGGCAGGGGCAGGAGGGGCGCAGCAGCAGGCGGGAGCCGGAACUGAGUGGCAGCGGCGGAGGGCGCUGAGGCAUUAAUGGUGAGAUGGCGUCGGUGAUGGAGGUUAUUGUGGUGGUGAGUUUUGGGUUGGGCGGCGGAGAAAUGUGGAAGCAGUCCUGAUAGAACGGGUGGAUACACGGGGUGGAUACGGCAGCAACCUUUAGCCCAAGGCAAGGUGGCGUAGGAGGGCACGCUUUGAGAUUCGCCGUGACGCAUUUGGUUGCGGUUGCAUGAGAGAGCAACAAUGUUACAUCCACCAUAAGUGCGCAGCGCAGCGCUGCAACUUAGCCGCUACAGCACCCAGUGGCCGGUGGUGAGGGAUUUGCAGAAACUGGGCUUGGAUGAAUGGUUUUCUUGUGCGGUAUACUGUUUGUUCGCUUGCGCAUGCGUGGCGUCUGGGGCAUUCGAGUUUCGCACCGCCCAGGCAGCUAGCUGUUGCGCACAGUAGUGUCGUGCGUCCGUGUUACGGUAUUGGGCGCACCUGCAGUUUCAUAAUAGGAUGGAGUACUAGGCUAUGCUUGAAUGGACGUGGGAUGAAUUCAGCCCGCUUUUCCCGUGUUUAGAGGUUGUCCUCCCGACGUUCACAGUCGGUGCACGUCUGCACGCAAUUCGAUUAAACAAUGAACUCAAUGCACCGGACUGAAGUGAGUAGCGGGUCGACGGCAGUCAUGUUUUGUGCACGUCUGUUGCCCAAGCAUAAUUUUUUCAGGGACGUCUUUGCCCCCAAAAUGCAUCUGGGACGCGAUCCUGAAUGUGUCAUCGGGCCCCUGGCCUGUUGUCAGUUGCCUUGUGUGUACGAUGCGCCGGGCGCCAUUCACCAAGCGCAACAGCGGUCAAUCUGGUUGGUUGUGGUUUUUAGCUGCGUACCGGGAGACUCAAAUGCGGAGAGUGUGUUCGCACGGUAGCACGCCUUUUUGUAGCAGUGGUUCUUGGUGUAAUAGAAUGGUGCGCGUGGAAUGUUGGACGCCAUAGUUGCUGUAGUCGUGCACACAAGGAAUAGUUUGGUGGAUUUCGUAGAGCCAGUAACAAAUCAGGCGGUGCUGAAUUCUCUAGAAUUGAUGAUGGAGGCGAUAGCAUGUCCGGCGGGGUUCGUGGCGCUGUCGGGGUUUCGUUGUAUAUCGUACCCUGUGUAUGGCCGUACGACUGCAUGGGGCACCUGGGAGUGGAGGAGAUUCAUGCACAUGGUUGAAGUAUGUCAGUUGCCUGGGGUAGCCGGUGGCAGGCAGGAUGCCAGGAACAAAUGUGGCAAGACGGACGCGGGGCUGGGGACUCGCAAGCCGGUGCAAGAGUCUGUAACUUCCGUGAGCCCGCUCGCCCGAGCCGCGGGCCACCGGAUGCUAGUGCCUAGUGGGCGAGGCCACCGGCAAGGCGGAGGCGGCGGCAAAGGCCGAAAGGCCGCACGCGCUGCCGCUGAGGCUGCGUCCAGCAGCCGAUACUACAAAGAGUACUCGGUUGAGGUACAGGCCGCGGGCACGGGCCGUGGGGGCGGAGGCGCAGUUGAAGGCGGCGCGUGAGAACGCCAGGCGGACAGGGGCGAACGCAGAGCGCCUACGCCUGCCUUAAUAUUGUCCCAUCGCACACCGAAUGGGCGUUUGCGUGUGUGGCUGCUAGGAGCGCGUUUACGAAUUAGGAGAGAGUGCCUGCGGCGCAGGGUUCUGCGCAUCAGGCCGCAGGCCCGCCCAUCCCCAGGGUCUCGUACGGCGGCGAGGCUUUACUGGUGGCGGCGGCGGCCGGGAAUGCGGCGGAGGUAACUGCGGCGGAGGCGGAGGCUGAGCAAGCGCGGAGAGGCAGUGGAGGUUGGGACGCACAGAGGGAAAGACACCUGCUGGGUGUGUGUGACGCUGUUGGCCCACCACUCACGGCGGCGUGACUGACUUCAUGACUUGUGUCCGGAUCAGACCGACCCUGAUGCUUGGUCACUGGAAUGAGUGUGUGAGCCUGUGUGUGAGAUUUGACGGACCCUGGCGUUGCCCAGGAGUCUGGAUCCGGCGCGGCUGGUGUUAAUGUUCGGUAGUUCCCAGACAGAUCCUGGAC